AUGGUCCUGGGCAUACUUACCUCGAUAGCGGCUUGCCCUGCCAUUGUCGGCACCGCCGAAGCAGUCCGUCAGGGUCAAAGGAAAUCGGCCAAAGAACGGCAUCGAGGUGUGAAAUCCAAUCUUAUUGUUUCCUGCAACAGCCCAUCGGCCAGUAGCCAGGAGGUCAAUGGAGGAAGGGUAGUCCUGCGCGACAACAAGCUGUUUAUCGCGACACCUGCGGCCGAACACCUAACCUCCCAUCUAUUCGCCGGCUAUUUUCUCCCUUUUCCCGAGCAGAACUGGGGCCGCCAAGGUGAAGGACUCGUCUCUACAAUCAGUGAUGACCCCCCACAGUUGAACUGGAUAUAUGUCGACCAAGACACGUAUGAGAUCAAGUAUGGCAAUCGAAUUCAGGCUGAGCCUCACCUUGUUGGGCCCUGGGAUUGCACCGUGGUCGACAAAAGACUCACUCUCGAGGGUUGGGAGGGGUUCGUGGCUGUCCACGAGGGCCCAGGAGAGUGGUCCCUCUACUUCGACCGCGACGACGACGGCUUGAAGGGCAAGGUCACCAAGAAGACAGUCCUGGAGGUCGAGCUGACCCGAAAAGAGCGGAGAAAGGGUCGGGGCGACGAGUAG